UAGGCUGGCACGCUACAGUAGCUAAAGUUAUUACAGAGAAUGUCUAAUAGACGGGCUCUAGUUAUUAAUGCUUUUCACACGAGUUAAUAGUUAUCUUGAAUCACCUAACUCAUACAACGAUGCACGUCCACGGUGACGGUUCAGAGCCAGUAAGGGAGAGCAAGGCUCUGAAAACCUAUUGCUGCAGAAUGGUCUCGGUGGUACACAGGCACAAGCACACAGCUUCCUCGGGACACCCGAAGAGGAAAAAGAGCCGGAGUGACAGAAGUGAUACUAGACAUAGAGAGCCGAGGCUGGAGAGAGAUGAGACUUGCCUUCCAGAGCUUACAGUAGGAAAGAGGAGAGAUGUGAACUCCCAACUCCCUCUGUUCGACCCUGUCGCCCGACCAGUCCCCCUGCAGCUCAUCUCAAUGCUCAAACUGAAGAGCUUUACUGAAGAAAUGAGACGGGCAGCAGACAUAGAGAUACACGACCCCUCAGUAUGUGGUGAGUGUGUGGAGCAGCAGGCUAGUCUGGCACUAGACACGUUCAUACAGAGGAAGAGGACUCUACUGGAUUCUCUCACACUCGAGGACAGACUCCAGACUCACCUCUGCAACAGAGACACUGUGUGCCUCUUGGGAGAGCUCCUACGGAAUCUGCCAAAGCUCUCUGACGCACCCCAAACAAUCUGGGAGGAACUGCAAGCCAAGGAGAGGGGCUUAUUGCCAUCAGGGGUUACCCUGGCAAAACCACAGGAACAAUUAGACCCUCCAACUGUGUAAAUAUACUAAAAAAAAACAUUCCCAAUGUAGUAAAAAAAACAGUUAUUUAUUUUUGUAUUAAAGAUUCACAUACAACACUAUUAAAACCAAACACGCCUAAUUUCUUCUUUAGUUGGUCAUUUGUCAUGUUCCCAGUACACACAAACAAAGUUGUGGAUUUGAGCAUAAACCCACCUUUUAUAUUAUCGCAAAACAGUCUUCAUGUU